GGCCGCGAUGUCCUCUCGGCCGGGGCGCGACGACGCGGCGGCUGGGGGCGCGCGGCGGCCACGGGAGCCGCCCGAGCAGGAGCUGCAGCGGCGCCGGGAGCAGAAACGGCGGCGCCACGACGCGCAGCAGCUGCAGCAGCUCAAGCACCUGGAGUCCUUUUAUGAAAAACCUCCUCCUGGGCUUAUCAAGGAAGAUGAGACUAAGCCAGAAGACUGUAUACCAGAUGUACCAGGCAAUGAACAUGCCAGGGAAUUUCUGGCUCACGCACCUACUAAAGGACUGUGGAUGCCACUGGGGAAAGAAGUCAAAGUUAUGCAGUGUUGGCGUUGUAAACGGUAUGGUCACCGAACAGGCGACAAAGAAUGCCCUUUCUUUAUCAAAGGCAACCAAAAGUUAGAACAGUUCAGAGUAGCACAUGAAGAUCCCAUGUAUGACAUCAUACGAGAGAAUAAAAGACAUGAAAAGGAUGUAAGGAUACAGCAGUUAAAACAGUUACUGGAGGAUUCCACCUCGGAUGAAGAUGGCAGCAGCUCCAGUUCCUCAGAAUGUAAAGAGAAACACAAGAAAAAGAAGAAGAAAGAAAAGCAUAAGAAAAGAAAGAAAGAAAAGAAAAAGAAGAAAAAACGAAAGCACAAGUCUUCCAAGUCAAAUGAGAGUUCAGACUCAGACUGACAAGGACUUGACUUGUUCAACGUUUUCUUCUCAAAAAUUAAACAUUGUGGCCAAAGAACAGAGGAAGAAGCAAUUGGAGAAGACAUGGGAGAGAGAGAAACCAAGAGACA